AUGGCCGCCGCGCCGUCGAGAUGUCUCCUCGUCACCGGCCCACCGGGCGUGGGGAAGACGACGCUGGUCAUGCGGGUGCUGGAAACCCUCAGGUCGUCCCACCCGCACCUCGCCGUCCGCGGAUUCUAUACCCGGGAGGUGAGGGAGAAUGGGGAGAGAGUCGGGUUCGAGGUCGUGACGCUCGACGGGCGAAGCGGACCGCUUGCAUCCUCUAGGAUUUCAAGGUUCCCUGAGUCUGUUAGAUGGCCUACUGUUGGGAAGUACAAAGUAGAUGUAGCAUCUUUGGAAUCGCUAGCAUUGCCUGAGUUACAGGUCAAAGAAGAUACAGAUCUCUUCAUCAUUGAUGAAGUGGGUAAAAUGGAAUUGUUCAGUUCAGCAUUUUUCCCUGCUGUGAUGAGAGUUAUGGAGUCCAACAUCCCUGUGCUGGCCACCAUACCACUACCAAGAUAUGGCCGAGACAUUCCUGGAGUUGCAAGGUUGAGGAAUCAUCCUGGAGCAGAUGUUUUCACCUUAAAUACUGGCAACAGGGAUACCAUGAGAGAGAGUAUCUACAAUCAGUUGAGCAGAUUGAUGCAGAAGAGGUGA